AUGUUCAAGUUUGCCGCCCGUGCUUUACGUGCUCCUGUUGUUAGAGCUCCAGUUACUAAGUUCGUCCAACCUAUCCGUUUCUAUGCUGCCGCUCCAAUCACCAAGGAGGAGGUUACUUCCAGAGCUUUUGAAGCAUUGAAGACCGUUGCUGCUUUGCAAGAGUCCAAGAUCACAUUGGAGGCUGACUUCCAAAAGGACUUGGGUUUGGACUCGUUGGACACUGUCGAAGCUUUGGUUGCCUUGGAAGAGGAAUUCGACUUGGAGAUCCCAGACAAGAUUUCUGACGAGAUCAAAACCGUUGGCCAGGCUGUGGACUAUAUUUACGAAGAAGAACAAAAGUUGUAA